AUGGCUCCCAAGAAACCGCGCACGGCGCCCACACCCGCGUCCAAGCCCGCGCAGCCGAAAAAUCGCAAGCGUACUGGGCCUCCGAAGAAAUUGCUGAGCGAUAGUGAAAAGAUCAAGAAGCUGUACGCGACGCUCGUGAAGCAGCUCGACGGGGCCCAUUUCCCGAACGCGCUCAGGACGACCGAUAAACUGCUCGCGCUUGACCCGAACGACGCGGAUGCGCGGCAGACUCAGCUGUUCCUGCUGCUGCAGACGGACAAGUACGCACAGGCGCUCGAUCUGCUCGAUCACGCGCCCGAGGGCCAGGACGUCGCGUACGAGCGCGCCUACUGCCUCUACCGUCUCCAGCGCGAGGAGGAUGCCGACACGGCGCUCGACGAGCUCAUGGCCGCCAAACCCGACGACCGCGGCGUGCAGCAUCUCGAGGCUCAGCUCAGCUACAGACAAGGCCAAUACGGCGCCGCGUACGAUCUCUACAAUUCGCUACUGGACAGCGCGGAACCGGGCACAGACGAGCACGCCGACAUAACGACCAACGCCCGCGCCGCGCACGCCCAUCUGGACUUUGUAACCUCCUCCUUCGCCGGCGCUCUCGACGCCCUGCCCCCAUCCAUCACAUCCGCCCUCGAAUCCGCGCCUCCGCCCACACUGCCCUCCGCAUCUACCUCCACAUUCACGCCCGUCACCGCGCCAACCGCCGCCGCGCCGCCCAAACGUGCCGUGCGCAAGAAACGCGUGCCGAAGGGUGUCACGCCGGGCGUGGGCCCCGCGCCGGACCCGGAGAGAUGGCUCAAGAAGACAGAGCGGAGCACGUACGUCCCGCCCCGGGGAAAGAAGCGCGCCGGCGGUGGCGCCACGCAGGGGUUCACGCCUGCGGCCGAGGGCGUGCCGUCUGCUGGCGGUGCGAGCGGGGGCGGUGGGAAGAAGAAGGGGAAGAAGAAGUAG